CAACCACUCUCUCGCCGUCACCCACGAGUACUGCAAAUCCAGAUUCGAUUUCCGCAGGCACCCCUGGCACCACCCCCGCCCCAGGAGGGCCAACCGUCGGUAUCGGACACGGGUCGACCAGUGGAGCUAUCAUUGGCGGAUGCGUCGGCGCAGGGCUGGUCGUGGUGGCCGGUUUCUUGAUCUUUUUUGGGAUGAGGCGUCGUCGGGCAUAUCUCGCUCGGAAAGCAAGUCAGCGAGACGAAGAUCAAUCGCCGACACAGCCUGGAUCCGCGGAGAUGCAUGACGGAGCCGUGCCCAUCGGUCAUCCCAGAGAGUCGCUUGUGCCACUGAAUCCCCAUGGCUUGUCUGAGGACAUCGAUGCCACCGAGGCUCGUUCAUACGAUGGCUACAGCCCACCUCAGAAUGAAGGCUACGGCCUGGAGAAAGUACCCACGGAGGCACCGUUUGAGCCUCGGGGAUCAUCUCAUGCCCAAGGCAAAUCACUGUCCAUGCAAAUAAGCCCAGCGAUGAAUCCGCCGCUGCUCGACACUUUGGUUGAUGUGCGACCAAGGAGCCCAGAGCACGAAGAGAAGAUCCGGUUGUCGCUCUACCAAGGAUCUGGCCCAGAUGAAGCGGCCUCCGCGACUUGUGGCAAAGUGGUCUCGGGCGAGAGGAGCUGGCAGCCAGAAGUCUCCGGUGCUGGUGCCAACCACGAUGCCCGGCCCGCUGUGCCUCUGUCACAGAUACCGGCGGCUCGGAUCGAUCCGGGCUUCCCAGCUUCCUGUGCUGGUGACCGCGUCGGUGCCAGUGGGGGUUCGCGCGACAGCCACAGCCGACACCCCGGUGCUCGUGUCUCGAAUCAAGCCAUCCCACAGACCUCCUUUGUUGUCAGCCUUGCCAAUCCCGCCAGCCAAUGGCCUCCACAGCCAGCCCUGGGCUCGGGGACCGACGAACCACCUCCUUACGAGACAGUCUCGAGGCAACGCGAGAUUCGCAGCGUCAUCAGCCCCAACCGAUCGCAAGUCGACAGCGAUAUGGCCCUGCGUCCCUUUGAACAGGUGGCCGUCCUGGCAGAGUACGGUGAUGGCCGGCUGCUGAUCGAAAAUCAAAAGGGCCAGAGGGGUGUUGUCAGUACGAGUUGUCUCCAGCCACGGCUCCCAAACUUGGGGAACGAGGCCGACGAAGCCAGCAACCGACUGUGAUGCGUCCGAGGAUCGC